UCAUAUAUAAAACCCUAAAAAAAUCUUCACCAGAAACUAAGAGAAUCCCUCUUGAAUUCCACCUCCGCUGGACGCCGACGACACCACCGAGAUCUCCGGCGGCGAUCUCUUCAGUCCCCGAAGGAUGUCCUACGGCCUCCUAGGCGAGGACGAUGAGGAGCUCUCCGGCAGCGAGAACGAGGAAUCCCUGUUCGAUGAGGACAUGGAGGCCCUCAGGCGCGCCUGCCUGCUCACCGGUACCGACAUGCCCGCCCCCAGCACCAGUGACCAUGACGCCUCAGUUGAUGCGGACUCCGACGACGAUCUUCAGCUCGUCCGCAGCAUACAGAGCCGAUUCUCUAUUUCGUCCGAUUUGUUCAAGCCGCUCGCCGUGCUUCCUCCGGCUGGCUCGGACGGUGAGGAAGACGAUUUCGAGACGCUCCGUGCGAUUCAGAGGCGGUUCUCUGCUUAUGAUCACGACACAUUGGACAAAGGGCAGAAUGGCCUAUCGAUAAUCUCUCUGGUGUCUAACGUUUCGGGGAGCGCUUCCGAGGAGGAAGUUUCCAACACUGUCUUAUCAGGCAAAACAGAUUCUUGUAGAGUUUUCCCAGACAACAAAGAUGCAUGCGAUUCGGCUGACUCCUUGAAUAACAAUAAGGAUAGUGGACCGACGGGUUUGUUAGAUUGGCACCCAUUGGAUGUUGAUAAGCCAUCUGUAGAGUCAUAUAAAUGCUCUACCUUCCCAAAGUCUGCUCAGGUCUUUGUUGAUGCCAUCAGGAAGAAUCGGUCCAGUCAGAAGCUUCUUAGAAGUAAGUUAAUUCAGAUUGACGCAAGAAUAGAGGAGACCAAAAAACUCAAGGAACGUGUCAAAAUCCUUAAAGAUUUUCAGGUUUCUUGCAGAAAAAGAACUGGACAAUCAUUAUCCCAGAAGAAGGAUCCUCGUGUCCAGUUGAUAUCCACGCAGCAUAAGCCUAAGAAAUCAAAGGGUGAUGAUAAAAAGCUUUCCGCAAUUUAUUAUGGCCCUGCUGAGAAUUGUCAUGUUGCAAACUAUAGACUUGCAUUGAUGAGAUUUCCCCUUGAAUUACAUCGAAACAAGUGGAAGGAAGCAGAAAAGGAAAAUCUCUUCAAGGGCAUUAAGCAACAGUUUCAGGAAAUGGUGUUUAGAGUUUCUGUUGAGAAUUUCAGUUCUUCAAAUGGAGAUGCUCUUGGUUUUGAGGAUUUGCUUGCAUCCAUUAAGGACAUUGAAAUUUCUCCCGAGGAGGUCAGGAAAUUCCUGCCCAAGGUGAACUGGAAUCAAGUGGCUUCCAUGUACCUUCCAGGUCGAUCUGGUGCUGAAUGUGAAGCAAGAUGGUUAAAUUGGGAGGACCCCUUGAUAAAUCAUGCACGAUGGACCAUCGAUGAAGAUAAACACCUCCUACUUAUAAUUCAAGAAAAAGGGAUUAACGAUUGGGUUGAUAUAGCAGUUUCUCUGGGAACAAACAGAACACCUUUCCAAUGCUUGGCAAGAUACCAGAGAAGCUUAAACCCUUGCAUAUUGAGGCGGGAGUGGACUCCAGAAGAGGAUGUUCAACUCCGCGCUGCUGUAGAAACGUAUGGUGAGAGUGAUUGGCAAACUGUAGCUUCCACUUUGGGGGGCCGAACAGGCACACAGUGCUCUAAUCGGUGGAAGAAAACUCUUCAUCCCGAGAGGAAGAGGGUAGGGAGGUGGAGUAAAGAUGAAGACAGGCGUCUCAUAGUAGCCGCCACACUUUUUGGCCCCAAAAAUUGGAGGAAGAUAUGUCAGUUUGUACCAGGGAGAACUCAUGUACAAUGCCGAGAAAGAUGGGUUAAUUCUUUGGAUCCUUCCCUUAAUAUGGACAAGUGGACAGCAGAAGAGGAUGCCAAAUUGGAAGCGGCAAUCUCUGAACACGGAUACUGCUGGUCCAAGAUUGCCGCUUGUGUGCCUCCUCGAACAGAUAGUCAAUGUCGGAGGAGAUGGAAGGUGCUUUUUCCACAGGAAGUGCCCCUGCUCCAACAAGCCAAAAAGAUACAAAGAAUGGCUUUUAUCAGCAACUUUGUGGAUCGGGAAUCGGAGCGUCCUUCACUCAGUCCUAAUGAUUUCCUUCUCUUACCUCCAGCAGAUCCAGCUUCAACAUCUGAGCCAGAACGGACAGAUCCGCCAAGCAAGCAGGAAAGAAAACCAAGGAAAAGGGCACAGCCAUCGGCAAAAGGUGGUGCUCGUGUCUCGAAUAAGUUGCGCUCUAAGAAGCAAAAAACUAGCAAUGAGGAUGAAGCUGCCCCUGCCGGCCCUCCAGAUGCAUCUGAAGCUAGGAGCUGCAAUGGUGAUGGGAGUGACAACCCUUCCCCGGACAUAUCUGAGGGGAAGAAAAGCAGCCCUGACCAGAGUGGAAACUCUCCGAACAGCAAUAAUGAUAAGCGUGGCAAUCCUCCUCCAGACAUAUCUGACUGUGGGGACCAUGGUGCUGACGAGAGGGACAGCCCUCCGCUUGACAUAUCCGAUGCUAUGAAAAGCAGCGGCUACGAGAGUGACUGCACCCUUGCAUGGUUUAUAGAGAAUAGGCUGAAGAAGCUCCCAAUACGUAGACAUGGAAAACAUUGGAGGUGAGGUUUUCGGUCAUGAUCUUGUGCGAGCAGAGAUGUCUGCAUGUUGCGUUGGGGAAAUCCGGUCAGUAUUACUACUUUAUAGUUAGGUGGACAUGAGAGAGGAGUUAUCACCCGCACUGCCAUUCUUUAAUUCAACCAUAGUUGUUUUAGAUACAUAGAGAGCGAGCCUUUUGGCAGAAUGAGACCAAUUUUAGUCCGAAAUUGCAAUUUUGGUUAACUGUUACAUAUCGUAUCGGCUACAAGACGAAUGCUUGUACAUGAGAUUGAGCAAUGAAAUGAUGGUUGGACUCCCCGGAGGAUUUUGAUGAGUUUA